AUGUGUUUGAUGAAUGAACGUGGCUUCCUGGGCUGUGGAACGAUUCGGAAAAAUCGAAUGCUGAAUGUCAACUUGAAAAGUGGCAAAGAACUGCCUCGAGGCAAUCACGACUACCGAUUCGACACGACCAACGAAAUUCUCAUGGCACGUUGGAACGAUAACGCUGACGUCAAAAUGAUCACAAACUUUGAAACUAUUGAGCCAUUGAAAACGACCCGACGGUAUGAUCGAAAGCAAAAGCGAAUCGCAGCAUUUCAUCAGCCGCACCUUAUCAAUUCUUACAAUCAACACAUGGGCGGCGUGGAUUUGCAUGACAAUGCAGCAGCGAGCUAUCGGGUCAAUGUGCGUGGCAAGAAAUUCAACUCGAAUUCCGUUCCAAAAUAA